AUGGCACAAUCGGAACCUAAUGGAUUGUUUGAGAUGGUGGAACUGAACUACCAAGGGGUAUUUAAUCGAAAUCCUUUCUCUUACACCGGUGGUGUGAAAACCAUGUUCACUUAUGUUGACUUUUCUUCUAUGACUUAUUAUGAGUUUGUGAACUUCUUCGAACGUUUCAUGCAUGAAGAGUGUAAAAAGUUUUACUACUGUGAACCAGUCAAUUCCUUGAUGGAAGGGCUAAAUCCCAUUUCAGAUGAUGUGGAAUAUGUUGCUUUUAUUUUUUAUGCUUAUGGAACAGAUGGUGUAAUUUCGGUUUAUGUGGAUCAUAUUGGGGUUGGUGUUGAUGGGUGGCUUGAUGAU